UUCUACGGAUUGGGAAUCCGUAGGGAGGACGCCAACGUCACACAAGACUGGAAGGUCGUCAGGGACUCCCAACCAGUAGGAAGCUCCAGAAAUAUUGUGGUGAUUCUGAACCAGGAGUCACUGGCUUCGUGAAAAACAGGGGAAGGUCUACUAUGGCUUCGAGACGAUCUUUCUCCGUGUCUACCGAGGCGACGACAAGGGAUUGCUGGAACAAGAUGAUCUCGUUCCUGAUGUUUCACUCAGUCAAAGCACCACUAAAUCAACCUCUCGGCUGGUUAAGAGCUUCUUUGACGGAGUGGAACUGUCAGUUGACGAGGGCGAUCUCCUUGCCUCAGACAAGGAGGACGCCAACGCCACAGUGUUGCACAUUGACACAAAAGGAGGUGGUGAGAGUAACUCAAAUUAAUCUCCACGACUCCAAAGCAGCCUCGGCUGCUCUGCUCCUCCGUAUGGGCGUAAGCGGGGAGGAGCUCGCCUUAGUACAGGAAACCUGGAUCCACCAAGAAAGAGUGAGCGGACUAGGUUGGAAAAGCUAUAAGCUACUUUAUCAAGGAAGAUCUGGUAAGAUUAGAUCCUGUAUAGUAGCUAAAAGCAGUUUUAACAUCUUCAUCCUCUAUAAUUUCAGUGAUGAAGACACCGUAGUAGCCACAUGGGAGACCAGUGUAGGUGCUAUAUUGUUAAUAUCCGCGUAUAUGGCUCACGACCACAGCGACCAACCACCGAACUACUUGGUCCGCAGAUCUAUUGAGAUGGUUAAAUCGAAGGGAAUGCCGAUCAUUAUGGGGGCUGAUGCAAAUACCCACAACACUGUCUGGAGAAGCUCGGACAUAAACGCUAGAGGUAUCACAAAGGGAUUACAACAUGGACCCAAGUGUGCACCUUAUGCGAACAGCAAGGGACAGCCUGCUAACCUAACCUAAGACCAUAAUUGAC